AUGCUUUCAACAUCGAUUCUCAAUCCAGAUAAACGUGCCAGUUUAGCAUCACAAUGCUCGAAAACAAUAACGCAAUAUAAAUAUGAUUUAAUGAUGUUAACAAUAGCUACGGGAGAAAAUAUUAUCCGAGGACACUUACAAAAAUUUAAUGAUCUUAAAGAAAAAUUUACAUUACUUCAUCAUGAUAAUCUACAAGUAUCGACUGAUCAAUUUGUCAAAGCAAUUGAAGAGCGUGCAACAAUGAUGGGAAAACGAAAAGAUUGGAUCCGAUAUUACAAAGCUGACAUAUUAGAAAGUGAGAAAAAGCUUGUUAUUAGCACUCGACUUGGUACAGCAACCGUAUUAAUUGAUAAAGAUGUCGAAAAAAUAGCAUGUGAUGUUAAAUUAAUUCAUUCAGUUACGUUAGGUCCACUUCAAGAAUGUGAUGUUGAUGUGACAGCACCAUUCUCAACAGCGGACCCAUGA